AUGGCACUCGAUCUGUCCGCUGAGGGCAGCUUCGAGGUAGGCGCUACGGAUGAUUCCUCUUCGAAUGUCGCGUCAACGACCUCUACUCCUCCAACCACUGUUGCCGACGAAGCUAGUCUUCACUCGGAAUCCCCCAAGCGCGAUGUCGUACACGUAGCCGUCGAGCCCGAGCCUGAGCAUGCGCACGAGCACGAGCACCCACAGGAGCCCCUCGAGGCCGCUCCCGAACCCAUUGACACAGCGCCGCCUGCUGUUCCCGCCGAGCCUGUCAAGAAGGUCACAGCUGCUAAGCCGGCCCCUCCUCCUUCUCUGCGUUCUCGUCGCAGUAACGUAGGCGCUCCUGUCUAUAACCUGGCCAAGCUGAGCGGCACCGAUGGCCACGGCAAGCGACGCGCCAAAGGCGACAUUGUUGCGGAUCGCCGACGACGAAAGACCAUUUCUGGUCCGAUUGUGAACCAUACGGAACAGGCGACCUCAAGCCCUGUGACUACCGAUUCUGUUCGCCAUGUUACCCACGCGAUUAGCCUUCACCAGUCUCUCAAGAAAUCAGACACACCGCGCACUCGCCUCCAGGUCACUGCUGACCCCUCGCCAUCUUCACGCCGUUCCUCGACGCGCCGUUCUAGUGCCAUCGCGCCUAUCGCAACCCCGUCGAGCACAAAGAUAAUCAAGCCGGGCAAACGCAGUCGCAAGGCUGUUGAGCAGCAGCCAGCGAUCAUGUCUAGGGAAAUGAAACGCUUGGCCGAUACUAAGGAGUUUGCCGGCGUUGAUACUGAACCUGUGCUUCUGACUUACUGGUCAAAUGGUAAGUACGUUGACCCCAACGCCGCGAAGCAGCCACAACGAAAAAAGUCGGAGCCCGAACCCGCCGAGGAGGAGGAGGCUGAACCGGAGCCCGUGGUCAAUGCCAAGAAGAGACGCGAGAAGAAGUACCUCGACAAGGGUCUUUAUGCAGGCCAGGAUGCUCCCAUCGAUAUCUCUAAGGGUCUAUCUAUGACGGAGAAGAAGAAGUUGGCUCAGCUGCCUGAGCUCAUCCCCAACGGUCGUGUCAACAAGACCAUGCCUUUGCCCAUGUUUAAUGGCCUGCGCAAUCUCAUCAAUGGCCGCGACUUCAAGCUCCCAUUUAAUGUGUGCAACCCCCUUCCUCCGGGCCAGCCCAAGCCUGAUGAGUGGAAGAAGAUGACCAAAAAUCGGUUCAUUGGCGAGUCCAAGGACUACUGGCGCAAGUCACCACACUUCCAUGACUAUCAGUCCAAGUGCGUGUGCAAGCCCGAGGAUGGUUGCGGUGAGAGUUGCCAGAACCGAAUCAUGCUGUACGAGUGCGACGAGCAGAACUGCAACGCCGGCAAGGAACACUGCACCAACCGCGCAUUCGCAACUUUGACCGCACGCCGUAACCAGGGCGGCAAGUAUCGCGUGGGAGUCGAGGUGAUCAAGACAUCAGACCGCGGAUACGGCGUGCGAAGCAACCGAUGCUUCCGACCAAACCAAAUCAUCAUGGAGUACGCAGGCGAAAUUAUCACUGAAGCCGAAUGCGAGCGUCGCAUGACCGAAGUCUACAAGGACAAUGAGUGUUACUAUCUGAUGAGCUUCGACCAGAACAUGAUCAUCGAUGCGACGACAGGGAGCAUCGCGCGGUUCGUGAAUCACAGCUGCAAUCCCAAUUGCAGAAUGAUCAAGUGGAUCGUUUCCGGACAGCCGCGAAUGGCCCUGUUUGCAGGUGACAGGCCUAUCAUGACGGGCGAGGAGUUGACUUAUGACUACAACUUUGACCCCUUCUCCGCCAAGAACGUUCAGAAGUGUCUAUGUGGUGAGCCCAACUGCCGAGGUGUGCUCGGCCCCAAGCCUCGAGAGGUGAAGCCUCCCAAGUCCGAUGCGAAGAACACCGUCAAGGGUGCUGUCAAGGGUGCCGUCAAGGCUGGAAAGCGCAAGCUUAAGGAGCUGAUCGGUGACGAUGGGGGCAAGGAUGGAGGCCCGGCGAAGAAGCGCAAGGUUCAGCCCGUGAAGCAGGCGAAGCGAGCUCUGUCUCUAGCCAGCUCCAAGGUUGCCAAGGGCGCAGCCAACGCUCUUAGGAAGGGCGUGUCAACAGUUACCUCGACAGGACGAAAGGCGGCUCUUGGAUCCAAGUCACCUGCGAAGCGACGAGCAUCGACCGGAGCCAUCCUGAAGAAGACGACCACCAAGCGAGUCAUCCAGACCUACGCGGCACGCACGCCUAAGCGACGUGGAUCAGCCGGGGCUUCUAGCAUUACCAAGGUGACCAUCAAGACGACGGCCAAGGUGACGCCCGCCAAGAGCUCACCAGCGACCAAAGGAUCCAUGACCAAGACGUACGCUCGAGGUACGAGCUCUCGCAAGUCCAUCGCGUCAGCGGCCUCUCCUCGCAAGGGAUUGGACAUUUCUCGUGAGACGGAAAUCGAGGUGAUGCAGGCGGAGGAGUAA